GACGGAGCGGAAAAGUUGAACAGUGGUUAUGAACCCAGAAAGAGCGUCCGAGUCGCAGAAGCGACUUUGAGCCGCGGCUCUCGGGCGGAGGUGCGAUAAAUGAGCCCGCUUGUCAAUUUGCAUUUCAGCAUUUGUUGGUGUCAGCUGUCAGCGGGCCUGUCAGUGUCUGUUGAGUCUCUGAAAAAUCCCCUCACAUCACAGCGGAGACGCGGACUGGGUGGGAGAGCCGGGUGCCCUGCGUGCGUGCGUGGUGUGGUGUAGUGUAGUGUAGUGUUCGGAACAGCACGGCGAGGAGUGGGGGAGCGAGCGCGAUGCGAGGAAGGAGUUGAGAGAAAGAGAGGGGAAGAGUUGAGUGAGAGAGUGAGUGAGCGAGAGAGAGUGAGAGACCUCUACGGAGAGAAGGAGAGAGAGAGGGGAGGAGAGCUCCGUCUCUCCCGGUGCACUUGGCAGUCUAGUUGCGGGCUGCUGUGCUGUUGCUGUCGUGGCGUGGCUGGUCGCGCCAGGCGGGGAACUUCACCACACUGGAGCCCGGAGUCCCACUCUCUCACCUGCGCAGUUCGGAGCUGCCAUGGGUCUCUCGCCAGGAUUUACUGUCCUAAUUAUUUUCCCGGCCUUUCUGCUGCACACCAGCGGCCUUUACAUCGCCAGUAGCGUUGACUCCCUGCAGCAUGUCCUGGGGGAGUAUGGACUGGUUAGGCCAAUCAGUGUGGACGCAGAGGGCCGCUUCCUGUCGCACGCCAUCUCGGCUGGCCGCUUGGCAGGAGGGCAGUCCCGUAGGCGCCGGAGGAGGGAGGUAGGAGAAGGCAAUGAUGAGUGGGAAGGACCACGAGAACCCGAGGAGAACCAAGAGCCUGUGGCCCGUCGGGAGAGACUUUAUUACAAUGUCACCGUCUUCGGCCGGGAGUUCCACCUGCGUCUGAACCACAACGCCAGACUGGUGGCCCCCGGAGCCAAGAUGGAGUGGCGAGAUGACAGCGACGGCGUCCGGCACUCCGAGCCACUGCAGGACGAGUGCUUGUAUGUGGGUGACAUCGCGGACGCGCCAGGAGCCACCGUGGCUAUCAGCAACUGUGACGGCCUGGCUGGCAUGAUCCGGACGGAGCAGGAGGAGUUUUUCAUCGAGCCGGUGGAGAGGGGCGAUGGAGUGAUAGAGAGGGAGGAGGAGGAGGGAGGAGGAGGGAGGACGCACAUCGUCUAUCGCUCCUCGGCCGUUAAGAAAAUGCCCGUCAGCAGCACGGCGGCGGAUUUCCACUCCAGAGGUGCAGAUCUUGGCGGUCUGAUGGACCUGGAGUCUCUGUAUCGUGGCGUGGAGCAGAGCAUCAACAACACGCGGGCAGGGCGGACGCGCAGACAGAGCAUGGACAGAGCCUACAACAUCGAGGUGCUGCUCGGCGUUGAUGACUCCGUGGUGCAGUUUCACGGGAAGGAGCACGUCCAGAAGUACCUGCUGACUCUGAUGAACAUCGUGAAUGAGAUCUACCAUGACCAGUCUUUGGGAGCAAAAAUCAACGUGGUGCUGGUACGGAUUAUAAUGCUGGGCUACGGCAAGUCCAUGAGUCUCAUUGAGCUGGGGAACCCGUCUCAGAGUCUGGAGAACGUGUGUCGCUGGGCCUUCCUGCAGCAGAAGGAAGACACGAGGGACGCCGAGUAUCACGACCACGCCAUCUUCCUCACGCGACAGGAAUUUGGUCCCACGGGCAUGCAGGGUUACGCUCCAGUGACUGGCAUGUGCCAUCCAGUGAGGAGCUGCACUCUGAACCAUGAGGACGGUUUCUCAUCUGCCUUUGUGGUGGCGCACGAGACCGGACACGUGCUCGGGAUGGAGCACGAUGGCCAGGGAAACCGCUGUGGAGACGAGGUGCACAUGGGCAGCAUCAUGGCUCCACUGGUGCAAGCUGCCUUUCACCGCUUUCACUGGUCCAGAUGUAGCAUGCAGGAGCUGGGACGCUACCUUCACUCCUAUGACUGUCUCCGUGACGACCCCUUUGACCACAACUGGCCGUCGCUGCCUCAACUUCCUGGUUUGCACUACUCCAUGAAUGAGCAAUGUCGUUUUGACUUCGGUGUGGGCUACACAAUGUGCACCGCGCUACAAAAGGCGGGCCAGUCAGGAACGCAGUAUCGCACAUUUGACCCAUGCAAGCAGCUGUGGUGCAGCCACCCAGACAAUCCGUUCUUCUGCAAGACCAAGAAAGGGCCGCCUAUCGACGGAACCAUGUGUGGGAACGGGAAGCACUGCUUUAAAGGCCACUGCAUCUGGCUGACUCCUGACAUCAUAAAGCAGGAUGGGAACUGGGGUCCCUGGAGUGAGUUUGGGCAGUGCACCCGCACCUGCGGUGGAGGAGUUCAGUUUCGCACACGCAACUGUGACAGUCCAAGACCAGCCAACGGAGGCCGGACCUGUGUUGGGGCGACCUACCAGUUCCAGAUGUGCAACACCAACGAGUGCGACGACAUCUACAGUGACCCCCGAGAAGAGCAGUGCAACGCUUGGGAACCUCGCUAUGAACACAGCAACAAGCACAAGUGGCUGCCUUACGAACACCCAGACCCUAACAAACGCUGCAACCUGCAUUGCCAGUCCAAGGAGACGCGGGAUGUGGUCUUCAUGCAGAGGAUGGUCCUGGAUGGCACGCGCUGCUCAUACAAGGACCCACACAGUGUAUGUGUGCGCGGGGAGUGCGAGAAAAUGGGCUGUGACGGCGUGGUCGGCUCCUCAAAGCAGGAGGACAAGUGUGGAGUGUGUGGAGGCGACAACUCCAGCUGCAAAACCUUCAAAGACACGAUCACGCGCACUGCCAAGAAGCAAGGUUUCCUCAAAGUUCUUGAAAUCCCCCAAGGGGCGAGACACUUACUGAUCCAAGAGCUGAAGCCGACCUCACACGUUCUAGCUGUUAAAAACGUGGCAUCGGGACUGUUCUUCUUAAAUGGGGAAAGCGAGUGCUCACAGUCUCAUGCCCCACAGUCUCACUCGGUCAUAGAAAAGGGUACAGAGUGGGAAUAUGAGAACGACAACAACAAAGAGACCCUGCAGACCACUGGCCCUCUCAGACACGGAAUACUUAUCAUGAUGAAAUUACAUGGGGAUGAGGACGUGAAUUUGUCCUACAAGUACAUGAUGAACAUGGACAGUGACUGUGGCAUUCAGAACAACAUGGUGGUGGAGGACAGCGCCUACGAAUGGGCCCCAAAGACAUGGUCAAUCUGCUCCAAACCUUGCGGUGGAGGGAGGCAGUACCAGCGGUACGGCUGCAGAAGAAAAGUUGACAGCAAGAUGGUUAAUAAAAGCUUCUGUAACAGGUCCAACAUGAAACCGAGAGCUGAAACAAGAGACUGUAAUCAAAAGCCCUGCCCUCCACCCGUCUGGGUGACGGGGGAGUGGCAGAACUGCAGCAAACCGUGCGGAAAGACGGGGAUGCAGGUCCGCUCAGUCAGCUGUGUCCAGCCCUCCGAUGACAACACCACACGCUCCAUCCACAACAAACACUGCAACGACUACCGCCCCGAGUCGCGCAGACCCUGCAACCGACACCCCUGCCCCACCCAGUGGAGAGUUGGCCCGUGGUCGCAGUGCUCGGUGACCUGUGGUAAUGGGACCCAGCAGAGGCAGGCUCUAUGCCACACCAGGGACAACACCAUCGGCCUGUGUCUGGAUAGUAAGCCAGACACCAUAAGAGUCUGUCGCCUGGAACCAUGUCCCAAGGGCUCGUCAGACCUCAACAAGAACGGAAACAUCCUGAUCCAGUGGCUGUCUCGCCCCAACCCCAACUUCCCGAAGAUUUCCUCACGCCAGCGUUGUCAUGGAGACCGCUCUGUGUUCUGUCGUAUGGAGGUGCUGAAGCGCUACUGCUCUCUACCGGACUACUGGCGCAUUUGCUGCAAGUCCUGCAGCAAUGUCACAGAAACUGUACCCACCUCCACCCUGAGCUCCACCCCAGUAACCAGAGUCACAGCCCCUCCAUCCACCAGCAUCCUGAACUCUUUCUUCACCUCCCAUGAACCCACCAACGCCGCCAUCACCACCAUUUCUGCUUCUACCAUCAAUGCCUUGCCCACGACUCAACCUCCAGCCCUUACAACGACAACCUUUUAUUCCACCCCAACUUCACAGAGUCCCACAGAACCGCUCACCACCCAUCCACCAGAUGCCACCAAUGCUCCUGUUCCACAUACCACCACUCCCAUGCCAUUCACCACGCUUUCCACAAUUUUCCCCAGUCUUACUACCCACCCCAUGCCUCUGCCUGCCCCAGACAUAGACACAGAUGCAAUGUUACAGAGCACUACAAAUAGCCCAACAACAUCUGGUAUAAUAACUACCCCAGGCCAAACAACAAUAACCACUCCAGCAAUCACAAAUCCAACAGAAUAUAGUACAAAACCAGACACCCUAUUAAAAUCCAAGCCUAAAAAGAAUAUUUUGCCUAAGAAAAACCCAAAAAAGGUUAUCCCAUUAAAGCCCAAUCCAAAAAAGAAUACGGCACUAAAAACUAGUCAGAAAACAAAAGUACCAACCAAGAUCAAUCCAAAAAAGAAAACAAACACUUCCCCAAAAAAGAUAACUUUGGAAUACACUACUCCUAAAACAACCACAUCUUUUACAUUUACUCCAGCACAGGGCACUCCCAAAAAGACUACUCCAGAAAAGUUUAGCCCCAAAAAGACUACUCCAGAAAAGGGUAGCCCCAAAAAGACUACUCCAGAAAAGGGUGGCCCCAAAAAGACUACUCCAGAAAAGUUUACUCCCAAAAAGACUACUCCAGAAAAGGUUAGUCCCAAAAAGACUACUCCAGAAAAGGUUACUCCCAAAAAGACUACUUCAGAAAAGGUUAGUCCCAAAAAGACUACUCCAGAAAAGGUUACUCCCAAAAAGACUACUUCAGAAAAGGUCAGCCCCAAAAAGACUACUCCAGAAAAGGUUACUCCCAAAAAGACUACUCCAGAAAAGUUUACUCCCAAAAAGACUACUCCAGAAAAGAUUAGCCCCAAAAAGACUACUCCAGAAAAGGUUAGCCCCAAAAAGACUGCUCCAGAAAAGGAUAGCCCUAAAAAGAUUGCUCCAGAAAAGGGUAGCCCCAAAAAGACUACUACGGAAAAGAGUACUCCAAAAAAGACUACUCCCAAAAAGACUAUUCCAGUGAACAGUAUGCCUACACAAACUACUCCAGUAAAUACUGUUCCCAAAAAUAAUGUUCCACCAAAAACGACUACCAAAAAGAUGACUACUACAAAUACUGCCCCCAAAAAGACUACUCCUGACAGUACUACUCCUAAAAAGGCUAAUCCAUCAAAAAUCACUCCCAAAAAAACGACUCCCACCAAUACAGCUCCCAAAAAGAGUACUCCAGGAAACACCACUCCCAAAAAGAUUAUUCCAAUAAAGAUCAAUAAAGAGAGGAAAAACAAACCUUCCCCUAAAAAAGAGGCUCCACCCAAGUCUAAUCCCAAAAAGAACACUGAACCAAAAACAAAAGUUCCCAAGCAAUCUCAAACAAAGACAAACAUCCCAAAAAAAGCAAAACCAGGACCCAAAAGUGUCCCAGGCUCACAGGCUAAGGUUGACCAGAAUAAAGCCAAGAAGACUAAUGGGAAAAAGAAACCACCUUCUUAUUACUACACCACUCUCACUCCCUAUACAAGUAAAGAUCCUCCAAAAGAGGAAUUUUCCUCUACUAUUUCUUACAGCAAUAGAGUGUAUGGUACUACUCCAAGCUUGCCAUUUCCUGAGUCCAGAAUCAAUGUCACGUACAUCAGUAACAACACAGCAAUCACAGAUUCCUCAGAAACUCCACUGUGGUACAACAACAGCACAGACCUACCAGCCACAACACCCAGCACAUUUAAUGACCUUGUAACACCGACUGGAAAUUUUGAGGAAUUCACAAUUCCAAGUGGAACCGUGCCGUACGGUGAUGUCCCAAUCACCAGCAGCGGUGAUGUCACAGUAACCAGCGAAACCAUCCUCAGUGGGGAUGACAUCACAGCGUCCUACAGAAACCACGGAGGGGUCAGUGACACCAUGGUGCUGGAUGAUGGCCUCACCGUGGUGAUCCCAACCAUAAACGGAGAGGACAUGACAGAUCUGACCACCUCACCUUGGCUCGACUUGUCCGAGUACAUCCCUGUGAGUGUACCUAUUCCCACUGUAACCUCAGACCCUGCUACAGUCUCACCUUCCACCACGAUCCAUCCCACUACGACCAUCUCUACUGCAAAGACUCCGAGAAGAGCAGAGGAGACCGGAGAGAACAACUCGAUCGACAUUUCAUACAACAGGAUCAUUGGCGUAGACAGCGACAUUUCUCAGAACAACCUGAUCCCGAAGCGCCGGGUCAACCUCAGAGAACGGACCAAGAACAAACGCAUUCAGGAGCUUCUAGAAGAGAAACGGAACUUUCUCCUCAGGAUGAAGAGAGGCCACACAGCGCAAUAGACCAAGCCUUCUCAUUUCUCUUAUAGAGAUGAAUAUUUCUCCUUAAACACUCCUUAACCACGUCAAAAAUAAAAUGAAUCUCCGUUUCAGGACAGUUGCAGGGAGAGUUUAUGACAAAUGUUUGAACAGUUUUUCUGAAUUAAAGAAAGCCCUUUAGAGAUGCAUAUUUGAAGAAAAUGGUUCACGUAUGUUAACACAAUAAUGAGGAACAGACAGGAUGACUCUUUACAAGCUCUUCUUUGGUAUUUUGGUAUUGGUAUUUUCUCCAUUAGCAUUUAUGGAGCAACAAAGUCAACUACGUAGUGUCCAAAUCUCCAUCCGAUAUCACAUUACAGCCCAGGACUGCAGCUUCCCCAAGGACAUAUUUGAUCCCUUUUCAAUUUCCUAAUAACAGUUUCUGUAGGAUUAGAUGAACUGGUUUCCUUUAUAAGUGGCCAACACUGAAUAUCGAAUAAACCUGAAAGCCAUAUGCAAAUUACAGACAAUCAGGAGGUCAGUUUUCUUUUGACUUAAAUGCAUUGUAAACAUUUUCCAAAAAGUUCCUUAUCUCUCAGGAAGUUUGAUGAGGGGCAUUGUCAAACAUGUGGUGCUUCAGUGACAAAUUCUAAUAUCUCAUGAAGCUAAGUGGUGAAACAAAGUAACUAAAGAGAAAAGUGUUUUGAUUAUCUUAUUACAAUGGUCAGUAAAAUGGUGCUUUUUUGUCAGUGUUGCUACAAGCAAUGUCCCUCAUGCAUUCAUUUAUCUAGGAACAUACAAAAAAAAAUCAAACAAAAAAAUAAAUAAUAAAAUGUGUUUAUAUUAACUGUAUAAAAAAAGCAACUUUGAGGGUCACUUUAUUGUCUUUUCUAAAAGUUUUAUUGUUUGUACAUCUCUAACUUGCAGCAACUGCAAAAGCAACUGCAGAUUUUUUUUCUGUACAAUAUCUGUACAUAUGAAAUAGAAGUUAAUGUUUAAUAUUUAUUAAAGUGCCUGUGGUAUUUUGCAA